AUGAGGUCCUUUCUCCACGAUGACAGUGGCAACAACAGCAUGCCCACCGUCCCGCCCCGGCAGCAGCACCAGCACCCCGCACAGAUGCCGAUGGCGUCGUCGCAAGAGUACGGACAGUACUCCGUCUCCCCCGGACCAUACAACCCCUCUACCGCGGCCAUCAUCCUUCCUGCUAGUCAGCAACAGCAGCAUGGCCUCCAGCAGCGUCCGCUUCAGCAGAACCCGUCCGCAGCGAGCGUGUACACUCUCACCCCGGCGAAUCCUGUGAACAUUGGGGGCUUCCCCGGUGCACAGUCCCCCUUGACAUCCAUGCAACACCAACAGCACCACCACGUCGUCCCCUCCCCGUCGAGACACUCGUCCUUGUCCGAGCUGAACAACCCGAGCACGAUACAGCUGCAUGAACGUCUCCUCGCAGCGGGCGCAGCCCCUGGUGUACCUGGUCUCGUCAUAACAGCCCCGAUUGUUGUGUCGACGGCGCACCGUCGGCCCAGUGUGCUGAACAGUGGUCACUGCACCAGCAGCUCCCUUCUCCUGGCCCGACGACUCCACCCCGUUUUUGUGGACACGACACCGCCGGUGUCGAUCGUGUCGCCCCCCUCUCCACAUCAGCAGCAACGCGGAACGACGCCCGUCAGGUCCUUCGUCACGCACCCCCCUCUGGCGCACAGAGCCCCGGCCCAGGUAGCCGCCUAUGCCGUCUCUUCAAAUUCGCCGUCUGGCUACGGUAGCGACAACAUCCGCUCGCCCUUUCAACAGCCGCAGCAGAAGCAACCGCCCUAUCCACCCGCCCCCAUCCAUGGGAGAGUGCCACCCACAGCCCCCGAUCCAACGAGCGCGCACGCCCCUUCUUCCCUCGCCUCAUCACUAUCCCGGUCGCAACAGCAGCAGCAACUGCACUUGCUCUCCGUUGGAGCUAGCGGUGCGGCGCCAGAAGCCCUGGUGUCUUUCGCCACCGCAGCGCCAACCACGGUGACAACGACGAGUCUCAGUGCGUUGGUAGACCUUGACGAUGUGCGACACGGAUAUGAGCGACCCUUUCGCUUCAAAACACUGCCGCCCCCGCCGACGUUUGAGAGCUUUCUCAUGCUGUCGGAGACGAACGCGUUCGAUCGGGGCUUCUCUCGAGCCACAGCAAGGGGCGAAGAGGUCACGAACAGCAACAGUGUCACGCAGCAGCAGGAAAUCGCAUGUGCAGGCAGCCACAAAAGUGGCGGAGCUGCUCCAGCGACGGGGCGAGGCAACAUGGAGGCGGUGCUGCGAGCGUCUACCAAUCCGCGAGGUGAACCCCGCCGGUCUCCCAGCGAUUUCGUCUCUUUGAGUGCUGCCGAAGAUAAUGAUGGGGCUUCGGACGGCGCCGCACAGUGCAAAGCAGCCGCAGCGAUCAAUGAGCCCGACAACAAACGCAUGAGCAGCGAGUCGCGUCACAGCACACCAGAGUGGCCUGCCAUGGUCGCCCAGUACCACCACGUCCUCGAGCGAUGGUGGACGUACAUGGUGAUUUUCGAGAAUAAGCCAGAAGUACGGCAACGGCUGGGCAACCUGCACCAAUGUCCAUCUUUCGCGGAUGCACAGCAGGCGGUAGCAGCUGCAGCCGCAGCCUCCUCCUCACCUGUCGGAGGUGGGUGCGGAACACUUGAUGGUGGAGCAACGGACCCCCUCGUAGCGGAGGAAGUUGUGCUGCAGGCCUGGUCGACGCUAGCGCUACAAUGGUGGGAAGAGACAAAGCAGCGUCGUCGUCCUCGGCGGAGCCAUCGCAGGGCACCGUGCGGAGGACCGCCCCCAACUCGAAUGGCCGACGAGGGAGUGGGCGGCAGCAGAAGCGGCAACGAGACUGGCGAAACCGCGUCGUUAGCGAGUGUGAACCCCUACGAACUGCUGAGCGCCGAGGAGGGGCAUCUCACCCGAUCGCUGCCGCCUGACCACGACGCCCUCCUGCACUUUGACUUUACUAUCCAGUCUGCGCUCAGCAGCCCAACGGACAGUUAG